GAAUUUGAUGGAUAAAGAUUCCUGAGCCAACACUUACAAUUCUAUGUGAUUGAUGAAUAAUGAAAUAUUGAUCAUUUCGCUACGAUGGGUAAGAAAAAAAUAUGCAUUCCUCCGAUCGAAGAAGCCUCAGAACAACCUCUUCCACAGCCCAAGAAGCGAGGCCGACCAAAAAAAGAAGACUUGGCAGAAAAUGAAGCGAAGAAAAAAAAAAAGAUGUCUUUGGAGAAUAAAGAACAAGUUACUUCUAGAACAACUUCAAGCAAGAAUCUUUCGAAAAAAUCAUCAUCUUCAUCUGGAAACAUUCCGCAAGACAAAGACAAGGCAUUACCAUGCUUGACGAAUACUCGGAACGAAGGAAAAGCUGCAGCUUCAACUAAAGGGAGAAAAACAAAGCAAAAGUCAACCGAUCUGAUUGAAGCAAAAGGAUCAAAUGCACCAACAAACAAAUCUUCGACCAUAAAAGCUUUCCGUGGUGGUGGACCAGAGAAGGUAACUAACUUCAUUUCGCAACAAAUCUAGUUACUUGAUCAACUACAUUCUCAUGAUCAUUGUGCUUAAAUGACAUUCAUUUUUACUUUUUCAAUUUAUUCUAAUAAAUCUAUCACAGAACGAAUACGAGAAAAAUAAAGUGGAGUUGCCUCUGAAGAUGAAUCUCCUACCUGAUUCUCACCAUGGUGGAUCAGUCUUUGCUUGUGAAGAAGCGCCGGAAGAGAAGGAUGAUCCAGAUCGUGACCCAAUAUUCGAUGAAUCGAUGUACGCACUCCAAUACAGCGCAAAAGACAACACCCACAUCUCCACGAAGCUACAACUCAACUCCAGCGCUGACCUAUUCGACCACGACAUGAUGGAAAAAGAAACUCAGUUGGAUGCUAAUAUUGAAUACUUGUUACUUGGAGUACAAGACGAGAACGAUGAAAAUCUGGAUCAAGGGUUGCUCCCUUGUCCGAUGAUGGUGCAGAACGAGUCUACACAACCUACAAAUUCAGUAGUGGAGCUUCCUCGUUUACUUGAUGAAGCUACUCAUCUCCAGCCACUAGUCUCCCCAACAACUUCUGAAGCAUCCAGCACGCGAGUGUGCGAUGGAGAUCCUCUAGAGGAUGCAGAUAAUGUGGCUAAGGAUCCAGAAAAUGCGAUUGCUUUCCCAUGGGGAGCCUGGAGUAAUUUAAUAAUUACACUUGUUCGUCCAAAAUGAAUCAUUCCAUAUUCAAUUUCUCUCAUAUAAUUAUUGUACUUUGUUCAAUAUACAACUAUCAUUUUAAGAUACAAUUGCGCUACCUUCCGGACCGGAGAAGACUGCAGGCGGGCACGGAUAUCCGACAUAUAUUUAAGGACAUCAAUUUCAUCCAUCCACUUCAAAUUUACAAGUAUCAACUACAACCAUACUAAUUCUUGACAUCAUUCAAUUCUAAUCUAUGGUAACGUUUUCUUUUCCAACCAGCUCGAUGAUCAAAAAGUUUCCGAACAUAGCGAAGCCCACGGACUUCACCGACGAAGAAUGGAAUCAGCUAGUGGUGGAUGGACAUAGAAUAAAUGUACUUAUUUCCUACCUUCCGUUCAAUCAUUGAAUUUUGAAAUCAUAUAGAACUCCCUAACUUACCUUUCUGAUUUUUUAAUACUAUUAUUAUUCUCCAAUAAAUUAAUCUUUCUCAUAAAUUUUUCAGGGAGUUGAACUCAAAAUCGUCGGAAUACGAAGAGAAAAAGGCAAAAAAGGAAAGCAUAUUCACCUUCAUGCUAUUGUGACCGCGGGAAACUCUCGGAAGUUAUGAGAUCAUAAGCUCUCUACUGACCAACAUCACCCCUAGAGCAUACGAAAAAAAUGGACUCAUAAAACUCUGCUAUGUUAAUGACCAUUCUAAUAAAUCGCAGGAACUGGAAAAAGACUGCAAUCUGGUUAGCAGAAGUCAAGAAAGUUUUCACACAUUAUUCUUCGAUUGGUUUGGCUGCAGGUAUUAUUCUUUUUUAUUCUUUCAUUAAUCAUUCAUCGAUAAAAAUUGAUAUAGGAUAUAUCAUGAAUUCAAGAAACUAAAACCUACUUCACAUCAAGAUCAAAGUUUCAUCACUCAGACUCAACUAUACAGGUAUCCACUACUUAUACUACAGUAGUAGUAGAAAGCAUUCAGCAGAAUUUAUCGGAGGCAUGUUGAUGUGGUACGGUUCUGGUGUUCCGCAUGUACCACCACAAGAACUCGCAGACUUAAGAAGUCAAAAUAAUUCAUUUGCAGCGCUCUCCACAAGUAUGAAUAUAUACAGAAUAUAGUGGGCGAAGGCUGCACAUGAAUAAUCUCUUUUUCUAAUACAUGGAUCUGCAGAUAGCUUUGCAAAGACCCAAAUGGUAUUCUUAAUAAUUUAUUACUUGAGAACUAUCUUUUUCAUUAUUAAUAAUAUAUUUAUACUCCCAACAUUUCGAUCUACCAUCGCAGGACUUCCUCGAAUUCCGGGAACUAAUCGAGCAAGAAGAUAUCAUCGACAUCCUGGAGUGCCAGUUAAGACAUUGAAAUCUUAAUUACGUGAUGGGCCUAAGCAUUUGAAUGCAUCUACUAACUCUACUAAACAUCAAACUUCCUUCAAUUCUCUAACAUCCGCAAGAACAAAAGAAAAUGCUCGAUUGGAUCAAUAUCUUUAAGAAGUUUGAUAGAUUUAUAUCGCGGAUUAUUCACAAGAAUAACGUGAAUUAUCCACGAACCAUAAAUCUAUCAAACAAAAAAAACAUUCCUCCAAUUACUGAACAACCGAGCCCACGACCCAUCCGCAAUAUUCAAAAAUUAAGGAUUUAUUACAACGUCAAUCCAUCUAAUGCUUUACAUCGAGUGAUAGAGUGCUUAAGUCUCAUUUUGCAAAAUUAUUCUAAGCCAAAGCAUUACGAAGCAUCGCCAUGCGGAACUUCCUUCCGAAGCCUCUUUAUGAGGUAGCCCGAAAUUACCACAAGUCCCGAAGAGCAGCGUGCAUAUGUGAAGGCCUUAAGACUCGAAGCGAAAAACUCGCAUCGCAUGACACAGCAUAAAGAAAAUAUUAAAUACUUACUCACAUGAUGUCCAUAAUCUCUAAUAUAAGCUUCCGGAAAGCAUUCCGACAAUUCUCGAAAACCGUACAGAUCGUUGGAGACGAACACAAACAUCUUCAAGGAGCAGAAAACUGCAUCUCAGUGAUCCUCAUAGUGUGGAUGAUUCGCGGGCGGAUAAGAGGAAAUACUUUAGUAUUCUUUAUGAAAGAACAGAACUUAUUUACUCAUUCUAAUUUCAUAUAUUCCGUUAACAUAUAGAGGACAUUCAUCAAAGCUUGUUGCUCCUCUAAUAAAUACGGCCAAGAAGGGACCGGGAAGAGCUGGACGAUUUAUGGAAAUCUCAUCCAUCAAUUAGUUCAUCCUGAAACUCAUGAACAUCAAGCAGGAUCAAUAGAAUUGAUGGAUGAUAUUUCGUUUUUUCUUCAUUCUAUGGAAGCUUUCAAAGACAUCCUAAAUUAUGUUCCUAUCCCUCUAGAUAUGUGCGAUUGAAUCGCACAUCUAGAGAUCAUUCCUCACUUUUAGUCUCUAAUCUUAAGAGGAAUUCUACGAAGCUCCACAGCCUGCAGGAUCUUACGUAAGGAAUAAUUAUUUAUUCUGAAUUUUCAUCUUAGAUUAUUCAAUAACCUUAUAGAUGAUUCCACUGUAUCAUACAUUUACCACAAACUAUUCUCCUUUAACUAAUAUUCCCUUUUUACAAUUAUGCAGGCACUCCAGCGACUCGGAAUGUUACUGCCUCCGACGAGGUGCUUUUUAUUGGACGAACUUUCAAGGGAUGGACUGACGAAAUUAUUUGGCGAUAAAGGAUAUUGUUAUGAAAUCUUUCUACUUAAUUACAAGGAUUAGCUUACUAUCAUCCACCUUAUGACCCUAGGAUGAUCACAAGCACCAAAAGAAACAACCCACCUCCCCGUUCAUAUUACGAAACAGUUCCUGCAAGUGCAAACAACACGACUUUAAGCAUCUCAUAGUAUCACUCAAGGAAUCAAUCUUUCUCAUUUUCAAUACCUAAAACUUCAGAAAGAUUGCUUCCUGGAGUGCAUCCUUAUUAUUACUAAUUCCUUUUAAGACCCGCCUUCCCCAAGAACUCCACGCCGGAUCGAGAAAUAUUCGAGUACUACAGCCGAACGAUUCUACAUUUUCUAACUACUUCCUUUCAUCAUUCCCAAACAACAUAAUACAACUCCAACUACACAAGUCACCACAUCCGAAAAACCAAACCAUUCUUGAUGGAUCCCAACGUCCUACAAUUUCAAAACAGCGAUCCGGCACCAUUUUGGUACACAGCCACAAGAUUAAGGAAGUAUUUAAUUUUCUCUGAAGAUUCACAGAUUACUACUCUUCAAUCUAUGAAUCUUCAAUGAGAAAAAUAAAAAACUAUCUUUUUCAAAUCAUCUGGUCCGAUUACAAUGUGGAGACGAUGGCUUUGACCUUGAAGAGCAUGUGGUCAAUGAGAACAAACAGCAACAGGAUCGAGAAACCGGAGUAUUAAGGCUUGCUCUUCCAUAUAUCCUAAUACCACAAUAGAAGACUCUUCAUAUUAUUUUCAAUCAACCCCCUACACAUCCUAUCCCAUCCACUUUUCAAAUAACCGCACGACCAAGAAGCUACAUAUCGCUGGUAGUUCUGCUAUUCCUGGAUGCGGAUACUGCCUUUCUUAUGAAUCUAUAGUAGAUCAAUCCAUGAAGUUCCGUGUUCAGUAUCAUAGCAGAACAGAACACGCAACUACCCAGAAAGGAAUUUAUUGAUCUACUGGAGCUACUAAGAGAUUCAAGAAUUAGACGAAACAGGAGACGAUGAUGAUAUUUGUUGGCCAUGUGAUGUACAGCCUCGAAAAUAUAAAAGAUUAUGAAUCUACACAUCUAGAAAGAUUUAUCUUUGUACAGAUAUCGCAACAUUAUCAUAAAUGAAUCUGAUUCUUCCAUUGGUUAUCAACUUACAGAAAACAUAAAUUCCAUCUUCCAAAUGUGUUCCAUUCAGAAAUAUUUUCUAUUGUAUUCAUUUCGAAUUCUUGUUCUUCAAUGAUUCACAUACAACACCAAAGUGAGUUUCUCCUCCAUUCCAUGCGAGCAACAUCAUAAUCCUUUUCAUAUAGAUCACAGAAAAUGUACGCACCGCUAUUGCCAUGACACGAAAAUCCGUUCCCAAUGCUAAACUCAUUAUAACUUCAAGUGCUGCCACGAAAGUUUGUUCCCAAUGCUAAAGAGAUGAACGCGAAAAAAAAACAAUCUGAUUAUCAUCCAUCUUGCAAGCUUUUAGUUUUCUU